AACGCCAGUACCUUGAAUUAUUUUCAAGAACCGAUAGACAAACAUCAUUUCAACUAUACCCAUAAUCCAAAGAAGAUAUGUUUUCACAAGAAUGGCACUGACAUGGAAGUCUUUCUCGUAUUCUUUGUCUUAUCAGCACCAAGCAAUUUUGAGCAACGUGAUGCCAUCCGGAGGUCCUACGGUAUGAGAGAUACAUGGCCAAGCACUGGCGGUGGGCAAGUCGUGACGGUAUUUUUGCUGGCUUCCACCAGCAAACCAGAACUACAGGAACAGAUCGACACCGAGUCCACUAACCAUGGGGACAUCGUGCAAGAGACCUUUGUUGAUUCGUACCUGAACUUGACGCGUAAGACAAUCAUGGGACUGAAAUGGGUCAAGAACCAUUGUAGACACGCAAAGUUCGUCAUGAAGAUUGAUGAUGACACUUCAGUCAUCCAACCACGCCUUCUCACGAUCCUACGCAAUGCAAACCACACUAAUUAUACACUGGGACACGUCUUCAAGAAACCGGUUGUGAUGCGUGACAAAAAGAACAAAUUUUUCUUGUCCAAGGAAUACUAUCCCGAUGAUCACUUCCCUUCCUACCCCGUUGGCCAUGGGUAUGUCAUGACAACAGACGUGGUCGAAGCCGCUUUCAACGUCGCUGUCACUAUUCCAUUAUUCUCUUGGGAGGAUGUCUUCUUCGGUUUGUGCCUUCGAAAGCUCAAUUUAAAGCUACAUCAUGAAAAAGGUUUUUUCUUCUGGGGUAAUUAUACUAAACUCCUAACUGGCAAUGUGAAAAAGAUAUCAAACAAAUACGUUAUAGCAACAGAUAUUCCUCCAAAGGACAUGGUUCGUUUCUACCAAAGAUUCGUAAGAGCGUGAUGAAAACUUAUAAAGUCAUAACAUCUUGC